CUCCAAUGUUAAAGUUCCAACAAGGAAUUGAAAACUAGUGACACCAUAUGUUAUAUUAUUGCAAAGUCAUAAUAAAGAACGUUAUGUUUAUAAAAAAUUAAAUGUAUUUUUCUUACGACAUUUAUACGAUCUGCUGCUACUAAUCUAAUAUAAUAUGGAUGUAAGAAUUUUAAGGGCAAUAUUGCAUAGCUGUGAAGAUGCAGAGAAGAGUAUUGAAAAGACGGAAGAAUAUAAAGAUUUUCUAAAUACGGAUGCAUUUGUACCAAGAUCUGAUGUUGUAUUACGUGCCUUGUCUAAAUCCUUCUCAAAUCUUCUGUGUUACAAAGUCUCCAAGGAAGCUUACCAACGUUAUUCUGUUCGUCUUCACGUUAUUGAUACAUUGCGUGAAUUAUGCCGCAUAACUGAGAGAUUUCAAUCCUUGCAUAUAUUUAAAGAUGGGGAAACUACAUCAAAAUUUGUGGAGAAUUUAAUGGACAAAUAUUUAGUGGAUGUUUUAAACGAAUGUGAGUCCAGUCAGACACUGACAUCUUUAACAAGUGCAUUGAUGUGUCUUGCAAAAUAUAAUACUCGUUUUAUAUAUUAUAUAGAAAAGAUAAUCGUUAAAAUUUCUGACCUGGACUCUACUAACGAAAGUGAAAAGUUAUUAUGUUAUGCCAUACAUGAGAAUGCACAUUUUAGAUUUAAUUUAUCCACAAUAGAAAGAAUAUAUUUUUCACAAAGAUAUAAACUAAUAGAAGAAGUAUUAUUGAAUAAUUUUAUGUCGACUUGUCUUAAUAUAAAUACACAACAAGCCGAUAAGGAUGGCAUAGAGGUCACACAUUCGAUAAAUGAAUUACUUGAAUUCACAGUCAUAUCUCCGUCCAUAUUUCAAUUAAUAUGCGCCUUUUUAAAAGAAUUGUUUGUACAUUUAGAAUAUGCACCUAUGGUUUUAACAUUUAUACAAGCCACGUUGAAGCGUAUUCAGGCUCAUUGUGAAAAUAACGAUAAAGAUAUAAUAGAUCUUUAUCCAAAAUAUUUGCAUUCAUGCAUUAUUUUAUUAAGAAUAGAACCACAUUAUCAUACAUCUAAUUCCAAAGCUUAUGUAUUAAAAAGAAUAACAGAACUCUAUGAAGAAAAUAGCGAUGAUAUUUUGAUUUUACUCUUACACUUUCCUGAAUGGCUUGCAUUUGUUUCAGAUAAUCUAAUCAAUUUAAUUAUAUAAACAAUUGACACCACUAAUAUAUAUAUAAUAUAUAUGUAUAUAUAUAUAUAUAUAUAUAUAUAUAUAUAUAUAUAUAUAUAGGCCAAGUAUAAUACUUUAUUUAAGAAUGGUAUCAUAUCUUUUUUUAUAGAUCUUAUUAAUUUGUUUGUUUUGUUUUUUGUUUUUUCAAUCUAUACUGGUGUCUCAAAAGUUACAGACAAUAUCCAAAAAUGUUUAUAUGUAAAGUAAUGUUUAUAUAUAAAAAUAAAAAGAAUAAAAGGAAAGAGAAAAAAGAAUAAAAAUAAAGAUGAUAGAAAAAAAAUUAAAAUAAUAAAUCAUAAUAUCAUAGAAUAAAAGUAAAUAUUGUGUUUUAUAAAUUUAAAUAUACAGAACAUACAUACGUACUAUAUUCUUCCAUGUCGAAUUCAUUUGUUGUGUCGUCAGUCUUCUAAUUCGAAGGUGUUAAUAAAAAGAGAAGAAUUUCUGUUCACUUAAAAUUAAUUAAUUAAAAAGAAGAAGAAGAAACAAAAAGAGGAAAAAUAAAAAAAAUAGAGAAAGAAAAAUGAGAAAAGUCGUAAACGACAAAGAACAGCUCUUAAAAUUUUUAUUCUUCACUCGUCGUUGAUAUUCAAUAUUUGUCACAACGUCCUAAAUUAAUUCUUUUAAUAUUCGUACAUCGAUCUUCAAGUAACAAAAUAAUACAUCUAAAGAAACCGAAGAUAUCCAUGUAAAAAGUUUUUUAUUAUCGUAAAAAGUGAACGAAAGAGAAAGCGUGAGAAACAAAAUAUAUAUAUAUAUAUAUAUAUAUAUAUAUAUAUAUAUAUAUAUGUGUAUAUAUUAAAUUCUUACGCAUAAUCAAUUAAGAAAAAACUUUGAGGAAUUAACUCGAACGAUAUUUAACUCGACCUAUCUUUUUUUCCAUUUUUUUUUUCUUUUUUUAAAUUAAUGAAUGAAUGAAUUAAUUAAUGUAAUAAAACAGAAAAACCGUGGAUAAUAUAAUCCUCGUGUUAUUAUCGAAAAAGAAUGACCUCCUUUUUUUUUCAGAACAUUCGGAAAAGCUGAGAAAUAUUUUUUCAAUGAGAAAACAAAAAACGCACACAAUAUGUAGGGAACGAUUAAACAACGCGCGGGCGCGCGCGAGCGUGCUUAGAGAAAAGACGAUAAAGCGCAUGCGCGCGGUAAUAUGGCGGCCAUCAGCCGAACAGCAACAGGCGCGCCGCACACGGCUGGAUAAUGAACGAACAUCGAGUCAGGAAAUGGAGGAUCGAGUGUUUCGACGCGGGAAAUUUAAAUUUCAAUUGGUUCGAAUUGUAAUAUUUGCAUAUCGCAAGUCGUUUUAGUAGCCGAAUUAGUAGAAAUAUUUCCUUCGUU